CGCUCGGCCUCCGCGCCGGCGGUGGGGCCGCGGUCGGCCGGAGGUGCGUCACCGGCCGCCGGCGGGCAGGGCAGGUGCUUCCGGAGGCGGGAGGUCAUAGCGUGGAGCAGGGAGCCGCUGCCCGUUGCUGUGGCGGUCAGGGAUAGCGGAGGCAGCGGUGGAGGCCGGCGGGACGAGUCUGCGUGCGCGCUGCGGGGAAGGUAUCGCCCGGCUCCGCCAUGUCCUACUGCAGGCAAGAAGGAAAAGACAGAAUCAUAUUUGCUACCAAGGAGGACCAUGAGACACCAAGCAGUGCUGAGCUGGUUGCAGAUGACCCAGAUGACCCUUAUGAAGAACAAGGAUUGAUAUUGCCCAAUGGAGAUAUCAAUUGGAAUUGCCCGUGCCUAGGUGGAAUGGCUAGUGGUCCCUGUGGGGAACAGUUCAAGUCAGCCUUCUCUUGUUUUCACUAUAGCACAGAAGAAAUAAAGGGAUCAGACUGUGUGGACCAAUUCCGUGCCAUGCAGGAAUGCAUGCAAAAAUACCCAGAUCUUUACCCUCAAGAGGAUGAAAUCGAAGAGAAAGAGAAGUCAAACAAAGAUUUGGAAGCUGCUUCUAUGGAGGCUGCUGCUGCCAAAGAGGAGAAGGGAUCUAGCUAAUGAAGAUGCAAGGAGGCUGUUGUCUCCGUUUCUCAUUUUCAGAGACAUGGACUUUUGCAGUAUGUUUGUCUUCUGAGUCGUCAAGAAAUGUCUCACCGUUGUCUUAGACACUGUGUCAUAGUAAAUUAUUGCUGAAGGAGAAAUCUCAGUGGUACAGUCUUGCAAAUAAACACUGCAAAAACAAGUAUAUGUGUGUACUGUGUAACUUACUAUCACACAGUUAAUACCUUAACAUUUUGUUUAACCCUCAAGUUCUUGAGUUUUGACUUGAAUAAUGUCUUUAAAUAUAUAGCUUUCAACUGAAAUUCCACUAGCACACCAGGUCUGUUUUCAUUUCAAUAUGUCCUGAUCCAUAGCUGCUCUUUUUAAUGUAUUCUCUUAAUACAAGUGGCAUUAAAGGAUUGAUUUUUCUUAAACAUUUUUGGGCUUUGCCAGAAUGAUACAGAAAAUUGAAAACUGCCUAAAUCCAGUUUGUAAAAUAACUUCAAAUGCUUUUGGUAGACUUUGAUUGCAUUUUCCUGCUGACAUCAGGUAAGGAUGUGAGAACAAGGAUGUUGAAAUGCAUCUCUCCUUUAAUUUCAUUUGCUAAUUGUCAUGGGUUUUACAUGUUCAACAGUGGUGUGUUGAACAACCAUUGCUAAAGAUGGGUGGAGAGAAUGUUGAUUACUGGCUUUAUUUUUGCUCUGAAAGCACAGGUUGUUGGGUUCCUGUAGUUAGCAUCUGCUCCUUCAGUGUAUAGACAAGCUCUUGUAAAAUAUGUUGAGAAUACAAUGAAAAGGUUACCUGGUGUAAUGAUCUCAAAGCAGAUACUGUGACUGAAGUGCAUAUUAAAAAGCAAAUACUUUUUA